GAGAGAGAGAGAGAGAGAGAGGAAGAAAAGGAAAGUAGGAUUUGUACAGUAGCUGGUGUUUGUGGGAUUUCUACAGUUUGAAAAUGGUCUCUCUCAGUCUCAGGUAGCGGUGUCGACGACUACCACCUGUACAUGUCCUUGUAAUUCAUGUACGUAUAUCUGUACAGAUAUAGUGAAUACGACUAGAUUAGUAGUUGUAGUACUAGUUUUAGUACAAUAGGCUGCUAUUCUAUUCUACUGAGUAGCAGGUGGCGCUACUACUACUGAGUUUUGUGUGUAAGAGAAAGGUCGGGUGGCCGGCCGAAGUGAGUGUUUCGGGUUGAAUUGCAGGGACGAAGGUGUUGAUUGUGCCUUUUUUUGGCGUGAUAAUUAAUAACAGAUCCUGCUACCCACACCCCUCCCAAUUGAGCUAGCUUAAGCAACUCUGGAAAAAGCUAUGGUAGAUGAGGAUCAUCCUACCACAUCGAGGAGGAUGACGUCGUCGUCAGGUUCCGUCCUCUGUGUGUGUGGUGCCGGUGUCUGCCUCCUUCUUACCUCUAAGUCACAGGCGAAUCCCGGUCGCUCCUAUUAUCGUUGCCCCGCCGCCAACCGCGGGUGUGGGUUUUUCAGGUGGCUUGACCAAGUGCGGCCUGACCAGCUCAUCUUCAACAUUCCUCAAUGUGGUUGCGGUGCUGGAAUUUGUCGGUUAGAUAUCAAGACUACUACUGGACCCAACGCUGGUCGCGAAUGCUUCGUCUGUCCCAUUAAGAAGGGACAAGGUGCUUGCAAUUUUUUCAUGUGGUUAGAUGCUCAUUCAAAUGCUGCAACUGGCUUCCAGGUAAAUAAAAGUACCAUUUUACCACAAUCAACCUUGACCAAUUGCAGCGAUGUCAUCUCAGCAAAGAAUGACCUGGUUGAGGAAAAUGAACCAACUAACUUGGAGCAAGAAAUUGAGUCACUUGUACAUACUUCUCAGUGUUCUAGAUCUCGUCGACCAACCUCUAGUCCCUUAAAGAGGGAUAAAAUAAUACUGGAGGAAUCAAAGGGAUCGGAUGAUGACCCUUUAAGGAAGCAUUGCAAGAGGCUAAGACAUGGAGACUCUAAAAGCAAUGGUUGCCCUUCUGGCUCUUCAUCUACAUGCCAGAGAACACCACUAGCUAGCUCAGGGAGUUAUUUGACUGAAAAAGAUGGCCAAGAUUCAUCUCCGACAAUUGAGAUGGCAGUACAUCAGAAAAAGACAGACUUUGGGAGGCCGAUUUUUUUUGAGAAUACUUUGACAGCCUCUAAAAGCUUCCUAUUUUCCCGCCACCAAUCUUCUGUGUUGCCAAUUAACUUGGAGGGAUUGCAAGAAACUAGUUGGAUAGUAACUGCAAUCCGUCAAAACUUGUGUCUUGAAAUCAAGGGCUGGUGGGGCAGGCUUGCUUUUCCUCCUUCUAAAAGCUUGAAAGAACAGUCAGCUGAGCCAUUCUUCUGCUGUGCUUUUCCUUCUUUUGAUCCGAUUUUCGUCCCACCGAAUGUGAAUUUACUUAGUGAUGAUGUAUCAGUUGCCCCAGUUGCAAGUCCUUUGGGUGCUAGCAGGCAAUCAUUCCUAAGUCUGAGUGAAGGGGCUCAACUCUUGGGCACUGAAGAAAACAGUAUCAUGAGGAAGUUGGUAUCAGAAGCAUUUGUUAAGGCUGCGGAGCAACUCCAAAGUGAUCUUCUUACUCUUCUCAGGUCAUUGGACAUUCAAGACCAUGAAUUCAUGGUCAGGGAGGCGGACGCUACUUUUGAUGCUUUGGACCAGUUACAAAUUGAGCAUAAGAAAUAUGGUGAGCAAGUCAAGGAAUACAUCCGGUGUGCAUCAUUGUUGGCCAAAAUCAACCAAUCUGUAAUAAGUGACCAUUCUUGUAGGAUGCUAGCUGAUCGUUAUAGUCAUGAGAAGUUGAAAUUAGAUGAAAUCGAUGAUGCUUAUGCAAGGGAUGUAGCUGCCUUAUCUGUCUCAGAGCAACGUGCUGAAUACUUUGCUAAAGAAAUUUCUCAUCUUAAGGAUAAGCUGUUCCAAACUGAGGCUGGAUUAUCUUGUUGCAUGGCUGAGAGCACAGCUUUGAAGGCUCGCAUAUUGGGGAUAUCAGAGGAUAAGGAAAUAAUUGAACGGUCCUUUGAAAUGACAUGUAAGCAGUUAGAGGAUGCUAGGAAAAUGCGCAAGCAAAGAGAAGCAGAAGAACAUGCUGCUAAAGCUGCAUUUCAGAAGGCAAAAACCUUAAUUUGGGGAUUCUAGAUUUUGUGUUCAUUCUCGUGUUGGUACUUAUAUUGAAUUUCAGCAUUUUACCAAUGGCGCAUAAUGGAUUCUUAUAGAACAUCUAUUUAAGUCC